AUGGGCGCCGACCACGAAAGCCUGUAUGGGCAACCGAAGAAAAAGAGCAAAAAUGAGCUCUCUUCCGUCUCCGGCCUCUCCUUCGCAGGCCAGAUGUCUUCCUUAAUCGCGAAUUCGAACACCUCCGGAUCGACGUCAAACGACCGAACCCGCCGUUCACGACACCCCAAAUCCGAUCUAUUCGGUAAACAAAAUAAAGGCGCGGAAAAGCGCGCAGCGGCAGAUCUCGAAGAAACCGAUCACCAUGUCGCGAAGCAAGUCCACAUGUCCAGCAAGGACAUCGGUAGCAUCGACGACGCCACGCUGAACCGAUCCAAGCAAAAGAUGGAGAAAAAAGUGCGAAUGUACAAUGAUAUGAGAAAGGGGAUGUACCUGGGUGGGGACAGCAGUGACGAGGGCAAGCCGGGGCCCAGUUCCCAUUCCGAAGAGUACCUGGGACGGCUUCGACGCCGAGAGAAGGAAGGCCUUAUCGAUUUUGACCGCAAGUGGGCGAAUGAAGAAAAGAAGAAAGCUGAAGGGUCCGGAGGCUCAGGAAGUGAAAGCGAAGAUGAUGAUAAUGCCUCCAUUAUAUCCUACGAAGACGAGUUCGGCCGCUCCCGUCGCGGGACAAGAUCCGAAGCCGCCCAGGCAUACCGCACAAAGGACGAAGAAGCCCGAGGCGAGGCCGCUCAAGAAAGGUGGCGUCCUAAUCGGCCGGAAAACCUCAUAUACGGUGAAGCUGUGCAAUCCCAAGCGUUCAAUCCAGAGGCGAACAUCGCGGCGCAAAUGGCUCAGCUCGCAGCUCGACGAGACCGAUCCGCUACACCCCCGGACCAGGUGCACUAUGAUGCAGAUGGCGAGGUCCGCAAUCGAGGAACCGGGUUUUACGCUUUCUCGCGCGACGAGGAAACUCGAAAGAAACAAAUGGAGGAGUUGAAGGGUGCACGGGUAGAGACCCUUCGAGAGCGUGAGAGGAUCAAGGAGCGAGCGGCUAUUCACCAAGCUAAAAUAGCCGAACGCAAAUCCGAAAUCGCGCAACUACGGGCCAAACGGUUGACGGCAAAGUUCAUGAAUGAACUGGAGGGUGGAGCUGCCGCUGGUCCUUCUCAGCCACCUGUUGUGAGGUGA